GAAAUCAUCAUGGACGUGCGAAAGUGGAUCAUUCUCUGGUUCCUGAUUUUAUGUCUAACAGGAGGACAAGGGGCUCCGAAUCAGAAACCUCACAUCUUCUUCAUUGCAGUUGAUGAUAUGGGUAAUCACGAUAUCGGAUACAACAAUGAUGAAGUCCUGACCCCUAAUCUUGACCGUCUGGCAGAGGCGGGGGUGAUACUGGACGCUAACUACGUCUACCCUGUCUGUACCCCUUCGAGAUCUGCUUUCAUGACAGGAAGAUAUGCCCAUAAAACAGGAUUCCAGCAUGAGGUCGUUGCAAACAGUCAACCUGCUUAUAUAGAGAGUAAAUACAAGACGGUUGCAGAAAAACUCACAAACAAUUAUGGAUACGCAGCUCAUAUGAUUGGAAAAUGGCAUCUAGGAUUUUGUAAAGAGGCAGUGACACCAACUUUUCGAGGGUUCAACUCGUUCUAUGGGUAUUAUGGCGGCGGAGAGCACUAUUACACUUAUACAGCGGGGGGAAACAAAGAUUUCCAUGACAACCUAACAGCAACAACACCAGAAAACCCUAACUAUCCUCAAGAGGAUGAAGAUGGAUAUUCAACGUAUGAAUACGCAAAAAGAGCCAUCAGCAUCGUACAAAACCAUAACAGCUCCCAGCCACUGUUUAUGUACCUGGCUUUCCAGGCUCCCCACAGUCCUCUCUUGGCACCCCAGGCUCUAAAGGACAAAUAUCCCGGUACCUGGACGUACACGGACGAAGAUGGAUCGACGAUCACCACAGAAAGAUCCACAUUUUAUGCUAUGGUAACAGCGGUAGACCAGGCUGUUGGUGAACUUCACGCCGAGCUGGAAAAGUUACGACUCCUGGAAAACGCCAUCAUCGUCUUCACUUCUGAUAAUGGCGGACUGCCUAAACUAGGAGGGUUCAAUAAUCCCUACAAGGGCACCAAGGGCACUUAUUUCGAGGGAGGAAUUCGUGUCCCAGGAUUUGUUUACAGCAAAAACUUACUUACAGUGUCUGGCUACAGGAACCAGGGAAUGCUUCACGCAAGCGAUUGGUUGCCUACCUUCAUCAGUCUGGCGGGAGGAAGAGCAGAUUUGGCUUCAGACAGUGAUUUAGUGGACAUUGAUGGCGUGGACCAGACUCAGAUGUUAUUGAACAAUGGAGCAUCAGCAAGGUCUAAAAUCAUAAUCAACAUCGACGACCUGGAAACCAGAUCAGCAAUCUUUGGAAUCAUUAAACAAAAUGGCACAGACGUCUGGAAAUACGUUCAAGGAGACAUUGGAUCCAGAGACAUAGUCUAUACAGCGACAAAAGUCAACAAGAAGAGAAAUUUUCUACAGCGGCUUAUUGAAGCACUAAAGCAGAAAAAGUCCAAAAGGACAAAGCGGGCUAUUACUGACAGAUACCUGUUUAAAAUAUCUGAUGAUAUCACCGAAGACGUCAAUUUGUACGGUGAUUCAUCCCCCGAUAUUCAAAAUAUCCUGUCAGACUUGCAGGAAGAAGUAAGAGCUGAGAAGAGGAUCGCGGUGAGCCCUAUGAAUCCGUAUGAGUGCACCAACGCCAACAACAAAGUCAACGGAUUCUGGACCGCGGGGGCGGGAGACGGAUGGUGUGGUUGUACAUAAUAAUUAUUCCCUUUGAAAUUAAAACUUAUAUCCAAUCAUGAUUCUGUUGUGCUUUUAAUUUCCUUGUAAUUGGAAGGAAAAGUAUUUAAAAA